AUGAGCAGCACUCCAGGGAGAAACAGCAGCCUCGCCAGCAACACCCCAGGAUGCACAACUGGGCCUGAGGCUCUCCCUCCCACUGUGAACGGAGCACUGGGGCACUCGAUCUCCUUAUCUCCUGAGAUUGCAGGUGGACUGGACAUUGGCAAGAUUGAAUGGAGGAAAACAUCUCUCAGAAGCAAAAUAAUAAAAUUCUCAAAAGGGAAUAUUACAUACUUCGGAACUGAGGAGUACGGGCGACGGAUCACUUUUCAUCCCAAGAGUUUAAGUCUGGAAAUCCGUGAUCUACGGAGAGAGGAUGCUGGUGAUUAUGAGGUGACAGUUAUUACACGUUCAGGAACUGAAAUUCUGUCAAGAAUCCGACUGGAGGUGUACGCUGGGACUGGGGCCGCCGCUGGUACCGUGACCGGAGCUCGGGGACACUCGGUCUCCUUACCUGCUGGGAUCACAGUCACACCGGACAUUACGGGGCUUGUGUGGAGGCGGAAAUCGCCCAGAUUCAAGAUAGCGGAAUACUCGAAUGGGAAGAUUAAUUACUUUAACAUCAAUUACAAGGGACGGGUAACUCUUCACCCCAGGAACUUCAGUUUGGAAAUCCGUGAUCUACGGAGAGAGGACGCUGGUGAAUAUGAGGCGACUUUUGGAACAAGUUCAGGAGAUGAAACUCAGGCAAGAGUCCGACUGGAGGUGUACGAGCCCGUGGCAGGAACACAGAUCAAGGCCGAGAACAUCACUGAGACCUGCAACUUCACCCUGACCUGCUACGUGACAUCCGGCGACUCCAUCAGCUUCACGUGGUGGAGGGAAGCUGUGGGAAACGACAGCACCCAUCACCUCGUGGGACAUGGAAAGACAAUACAGGUUCAUCACACAGCAGAGGUCGGGGAUGUUGUUUACAGGUGUGAGGCCAGGAACCCGGUCAGUGAAGGCACAGCACAGAUCCGGCUGAAGAACAUCUGCAAACAGACCACAUCUGGUGAGUGUCAGAGGGCGAAUCAGGUUUGA